GUAACGGUCCUCUUAUGUUAAAACUAGAUUAACCUCCAUGAUCAAAAGCGGUAUAUAUGUAUGAUGGGGCUCUUCUGUUAAAACACGUUUUUUGUAAGUACAGUUUAUUUAUUCGUUUAACAAAAUAAAUAUUUACUUUCGGGAUGCUAAACGUUUGAUUAAAUUUCAGGAUGCUAUAUAUAUGUUUUAAGUACAUCUUCUGAACUCUGAUGUCAGCAAAAUCUUAUAUACCAUUAAGCCACGUACAAAACUUUACGUACAAAUAUCAAGAAAAAUUAAUAGCUAGAGAAGGUUAGGGUUUGGAGGGUCUCGUGGGCUUGUGAUCUCAAACAAAAUAGUUUGCGUGUCCUGGUGUGCUUAGAACUAGAUUUAUACCAAUAAUGAACAACCAUAUCGAGACUUGGUUAAAUUUAGUUGUGUACCUAAAUACCUAAUAGUUCAGAUGUGUCAUUAGUCACCAGUAAUCCAUACUAUUGUAUAUAGAACUGUCUGCCCGAUCAUAUAUAGUUGGGUCAACGUAACAUUAUAAAUUAUAUUUUACAAAUUAUAUUUUAAAAAUUUAAAUAAUUAUACUAAUAGCGCAUAAACAUACACGAUUCACAAGUCCCAUAUAAUGUGUUACUCAACAUAAGUUAUUCCAUGACAAAUAAGGACAUGUUUGCUUGCGGAAACCUACUCAAGAUAGUGGUUCGAACUGCGUUCCACGGAAGUUCGAUCAAACAGCGAUGCAAAACUUUAUAUGAAAAUAGUAGAAUAACAAAAAAAACAAAAAUAGUUAACUCCUGAUCAUAUAUAAUUCCUUUUUUAUACCAAAAUUCAAAACCAACAACGAGAAGUCGAGAACUAUAGUAAGAUUGUAAAAAUCAGAGUGAAAUGUAAAUAGAAAAUAUGCGUCAAUGACAUUUAUCUGAGAGUUAUAGUCUAUUCCCUAUUUGAAUAUUUAGCUUUUAUCCUGAAUUAUUCUUUUGGAUGCUUUACAUUGUCAACAUGAAUUAGUUGCAGCAACUUUUAUCCCACACAUUGCUUCACAAACUUAAACAUCUUCUUCUCCUCCUCCUCGUUCUUUCUUCUAGCUUUUACCAAGGGCAUUUUCGUUAUAUUGUUCUUUGAUAGGAUUAAAUCAUUAAAGUCAAAAGGACAUGUCAUGAAAGCUAUGUAAGAUCUCUUUGUUCCGACAAGACACAAGACAAAGACGAAAGCCUCUUCCAUGUUUCUAUAUAUAAAUCAAAGAACAAAGCAGUUACCCUCAUUAACCAAGCCUUCCCCAUUCUUCUCCCUUUUUUCAAAUUUCUUUCAUUCUUACAGCUAUAGUAAAAUGGGAAGAUCACCGUGUUGCGAUGAGAGUGGGCUAAAGAAAGGGCCAUGGACGCCAGAAGAAGAUCACAAACUGAUAAAUCACAUACGAAAGCACGGUCAUGGAAGCUGGAGAGCUCUUCCAAAGCAAGCCGGUUUAAACCGGUGUGGGAAGAGUUGCAGAUUGAGAUGGACUAACUACUUGAGACCAGACAUCAAAAGAGGAAACUUCACUGCUGAGGAAGACCAAACCAUCAUCAACCUUCAUUCUCUUCUUGGAAACAAGUGGUCGUCCAUAGCUGGUCAUCUUCCAGGAAGAACAGAUAACGAAAUAAAAAAUUAUUGGAACACGCAUAUUAGAAAGAAACUUCUUCAGAUGGGAAUCGAUCCGGUGACCCACAGGCCAAGAACCGACCAUCUAAACGUUCUAGCCGCUUUACCGCAACUUCUAGCCGCCGCAAAUUUCAAUAACCUCUUGACUCUAAAUCAAAACAUACAAUUGGAUGCAACAAGUGUUGCAAAAGCCCAAUUGUUACAUAGUAUGAUUCAAGUCCUCAACAACAACAACAACACUACCCCUUCUUCUUCCUUUAACAUUCAUCACACCAACAAUAACAUCUUUAGUCAAUCUUCUUUCUUAGAGAAAAGACCAAAUAUAAGUGAAAAUCUCUAUGAUCCAGCCCAAAGCCUCUCUCACAUUGACCACCAGCCUUUAGAUUCGUUUUCUAGGCUGCCUGGAUUAUUUCCUCAUCAAAAUGAUCAAGAUAUGAUUCCUCCAAUGAUUUCGGCCUCUUCUGAUGAGUCUAAGCAAACCCAAAUGAUGAUCAAGAACAAGGAGAUUUUAAAGCAUAGUGAUCAAACUUCAAACCCUUCAUCGACCUCAACGUUCACACAAGACCAUCAGCCAUGGUGUGACAUAAUUGAUGAUGAAGCAAGUGAUUCUUUUUGGAAAGAAAUCAUAGAGCAAACUUGUUCAGAGCCUUGGCCAUUCCGUGAAUAGAAACGAGAGAAACACACUAGCAUAUUAAUUUCUGUGGAUAUAUAUUUACAUAAUAUAUUGUUGUUUGUUAAUUAACUUUCAGACAUGUCUUAAAUUUUCUUUCUUAUUUUUUCGACCAUGUAUACAUAACAUUGAUACUGUACAAAACUGAUUAUCAUACGUUUGUAUUAUUUUCUGUAAUUUUUUUGGGAAAUAUGUAUAGUACUAAUUCACAAUGUAUACGAGCUUACACCUCUAAAUUAGAUAAAUUAAUUCAUGAUUGAAAUGGCAAUCAAGAUAAUGUUUGUUGAUUUAAAUUAGAGAUCAAUUUUUCUUUUAUUUCUCUCAGUUU